UUGAAGGCGAUUCCGAUUGCGAAACCUCCGAUUGGUGAGCGACGUUUCAAGUUACCAGAACCGCCAGAACCUUGGGAUGGAGUCAGAGAUGCAACACGCUAUAGUGAUGCCUGCCUGAGCAACUCGAGUAUCAGCAAAUCACCGCAGAAUUUAAUGAGCGAAGAUUGCCUCUAUACGAAUAUAUUCACCAGUGAGAACUGCUUGUCGCGAUUACUAAGCGCGUCAUGUCCCGUUGUGUUCUACAUACAUGGCGGUCGUUUGAAACAUGAUUCAGCGGUGAUGUUUGAUGAUCAGUACAUAACGGAUCGAUAUUCGUCAAAAGACGUGGUUUUUGUGAUAUCGGCUUAUCGACUUGGGAUUUUCGGUCUUGCUACAUUCGCCGACGACUCAGUUGUUCCUCGGAAUUUAGCACUUUACGGUAUGCUGGCACCAUCUGCUAAAUACAUCCUCUCUCAGUAG